GGGAUAAGCUAUUUGAUCUAACAGUGUAUAGACAGUUGAGAAAGCAAACUGUUUGGUCACUUGGUUUGCACCUGAAAUGUCAAGUUAUAGGCCAAUCAUAAUCUGGUCAUAACUGCGUCUACACUAAUACAGUACUAAACUUAAAAGCCCUUUUUUUCUUACUCUCAACUCAUAUAUGCUGAUCAGUUAGUUAUUUAUUGGGCUCAGAUAUCAUUUGACUCAUCUGUGUCUAACAUCACUAAAAGUUUUUAGCCUUAAAAUAUUUUCUAAAAUCAGUCUACCAGUGCUCUCAAACAUUGUCUCAUCCCAGUCGCCACACAUAUUGUUAAAAACGUUUUUAACCUAAAAGUUUUUAUUAUUUUUAUUUCUAUAUUUUUUUAUACAUUGAUUUAUUUGAAAAUAUAAUUAUUUUAUAAAAAUAAAACAAACAAAAUGUUUAAUCUGUACGCCUCGUGGGACAGCUAUGAGGCCGACGAAGACGUGGCCACCGAUGGUGACCGAUGUGUUUCUUUGGCAUCAUUUCGUCCGAUGGAAAUCAUAUGUGAUAACAGUGUACCCAUACAACUGUCCACACAACCGUUGACACCAAAUAUUAUUAAUAAUAACAAUAAUAAUAAUAAUCAUCAGAAAAGUGUUACUGAAAUCAAUGAGCUAAACAACGUGAAGACGACAACGACGACAACGUCUAGAGAUGUCCCACAGGGGUUGUCUUCAUUACCAAUGGAAAAGUUUGGAUCACUUGUGCCGGCCGUCAAAGCAACAGACGUUGUCUAUAGCUAUGGAAAGAAGAAGAAAACUGUUAAUGCAUUGCAAGGAAUUAAUCUGACUGUUCCUCAGGGGUUCAUUUACGGUCUUCUUGGACCCAGUGGUUGUGGAAAGACAUCACUGUUGAGAUGUGUUGUCGGAAGAAUUAGCCCGAAGAGUGGCGAAAUCCGAGUCUUCGGCACAAAACGUGGAGAAGCUGGUAGUCAAGUACCCGGCGCUGCCAUUGGUUAUAUGCCUCAAGAGUUGGCAUUGUUUCCCGAUUUUACUCUGGAAGAGACACUUAAUUAUUUUGGAAGACUUUAUCGUAUGAAAGACUCGGUGAUUGCAAAACGAUCAGAAUUUUUGCUAAACUUCUUAGACUUACCGGAAAAGCGCAGACUUGUCGGUAACUUAAGCGGUGGUCAAAAACGUCGGGUUUCGUUGGCCGCUGCACUCGUUCACAAUCCGCCGUUACUUAUAUUAGAUGAGCCUACUGUUGGUGUGGAUCCACUGCUGCGACAAAGUAUUUGGGAUUAUUUGGUAACAUUAAGCAGAAACGAAAGUCUGACAGUCAUCAUAACCACCCACUAUAUUGAAGAGGCCAGAGCUGCCAACAUAGUGGGACUCAUGAGAUUUGGUCGCAUACUUAUUGAACAGACGCCUAAGUAUCUGUUGAGACGUUUUAACUAUCCGACUCUGGAGGAAGUGUUUCUUCGAGUUUGCGAACUCGACUCGCAGGGCAUUGAUCUGACCAAUCAAAUAGAAAGAGAGGGAUCUGUUUCAGUCGUCACCAAUAAUAGACCAGACAUUUGCUACGAUGUUAAUAAAGAAGAUUCGAUAAACUCGACAAUCGGAAGCACCGAAGCUAUUGACAGCGCUGUCGAAGACUCGGACUACAGUGUCCGAGACAAUCAGGAAGACAUUGUCAAAGAUUUGACUCUAACUGAUACAGUUAUCAACAGAUACGCUGAUAUGUCGACAAAAAGCAAUGCGCUUAAGGACAGUGCGGCCCGUACUUCGGCGUUGUUCUGGAAGAAUAUCACUCGUUUGCGACGAAAUCUAGCGGUUCUUUUGUUCCAAUUUCUUCUGCCAUCGAUCGAAGUGAUCCUAUUCUGUACGUGCAUUGGUCAACACCCGUUUGAUAUACCGGUUGCCGUCUUUAAUCAGGAAACUUCCGGCCAAUACGCUACCGAUUUUUUGCAACACAUCGACAAUAAAACUAUUGUUCAGAUGCCGUAUCCGUCGUUUGAUUCGGCACUACAAGCGGUGAAAGACGGCGACGCUUGGGGUGCGCUCGUCAUCGGCAAAAAUUUUACCAAUGCUUUACAAAUGAGAGUUUUGAUGUCCGGGGAGGUCGACAACGAAACACUGGAGAUGAGUAACAUUCAUCUGUAUCCCGAUAUGACCAAUCAGAUGAUUAGUCUAAAACUGUACGAAACAAUUACACUAUCAUUCUUGAGUUUUGGCAGAGAAAUGCUUCAAAAGAUAGGUCAAAGUUCAUCAAUGGUUGAACUUCCAAUUGUGUUGGAAAAGCCUGUCUAUGGAGAGCGGACGCCCACUUUCACCGAGUUUAUGGCACCGGGAGUUGUACUGAGUAUUGCAUUUCUAGCAGCCGUUGCUCUGACAGCUCUGGCCUUUGUUAUGGAACGCAAAGAAGGUCUACUCGAACGUAGUCUUGUAGCCGGUGUCAGUUCCAGCGAAUUCAUGCUCUCACAUGUCUUAACCCAACUACUAGUUCUGUCAGUACAGGUGGCUCUGCUCUUGAUAUUCACAUUUCUCGUCUUCGAGAUACCAUUUCGCGGACCAUUCAUUUGGGUUAUAGUGUUGACACUGCUUCAGGGAUCCUGUGGUAUGGCCUUCGGACUGAUGAUAUCUGCCAUCUGUGAAGAAGAAAACUCGGCCACAAUGUUGGCUUUGGGCAGCUUUUAUCCAAAUCUUCUACUUAGUGGAACCGUUUGGCCGACACAAGCGAUGCCAGAGUUUAUCCGCUAUUUUAGUUAUUUAUUACCGCAAACCAUACCAAUCGAGGCCAUGAGAUAUAUACUAUCGCGCGGUUGGGAUCCAUCCUAUAAGAUCGUGGCACUAGGUUUCGGUGUGACCAUCAUUUGGAUCACUUUCUUUUUGACAAUGGCUGUCAUUAUUUUUAAAUAUAAAAAAUAGUUUUAAAUCAUAAAUCAUUAUUAAU